AUGCAUCCCAAACCGUACCCUAUGCCAUCCUCAGCCUCCAACCCUCCCAACCUCCAACCCUCCCAGCCUCCAAUCCUCCCAGCCUCCAACCCUCCCAGCCUCAGCCUCCAACCCUCCCAGCCUCCAACCCUCCCAGCCUCCAACCUGCCCAGCACCUCAUCUCUCUCAGCCUCCAACCCUCCAACCCUCCCAGCCUACAACCCUCCCAGCAUCUCAACCCUCCCAGCCUCCAACCCUGCAGCCUCCAACCCUCCCAGCCUCCAACCCUCCCAGCCUCCAAUCCUCCCAGCCUCCAACCUGCCCAGCACCUCAUCUCUCCCAGCCUCAGCCUCCAACCCUCCCAGCCUCCAACCCUCCCAGCACCUCAACCCUCCCAGCCUCCAACCCUCCCAGCACCUCAACCCUCCCAGCACCUCAACCCUCCCAGCCUCCAACACUCCAGCCUCCAACCCUCCCAGCUUCCAACACUCCCAGCACCUGAUCCCUCCCAACCUCAGUCUGCAACACUCCCAGCACCUGAUCCCUCCCAGCCUCAGCCUCCAACCCUCCCAGCCUCAGCCUCCAACACUCCCAGCACCUGAUCCCUCCCAGACUCAGCUUUCAACCCUCCCAGCCUCAGCCUCCAACCCUCCCAGCCUCAGCCUCCAUCCCUCCCAGCCUCAGCCUCCAACCCUCCCAGCCUCAGCCUCCAUCCCUCCCAGCCUCAGCCUCCAACCCUCCCAGCCUCAGCCUCCAACCCUCCCAGCCUCAGCUUCCAACCCACCCACCCAGCUUCAGCUUCCAACCCUCCCAGCACCUCUUCCCUCCCAGGCUCAGCCUUCAACCCUCCCAGCCUCAGCCUCCAACCCUCCCAGCCUCAGCCUCCAUCCCUCCCAGCCUCAGCCUCCAACCAUCCCAGCCUCAGCCUCCAACCCUCCCAGCCUCAGCUUCCAACCCACCCACCCAGCCUCAGCUUCCAACCCUCCCAGCACCUCUUCCCUCCCAGUCUCAGCCUUCAACCCUCCCAGACUCAGCCUCCAACCCUCCCAGCCCCAGCCUCCAUCCCUCCCAGCCUCCAACCCUCCCAGCCUCAGCCUCCAACCCUCCCAGCACCUCUUCCUCCCAGCCUCAGCCUUCAACCCUCCCAGCCUCAGCCUCCAACCCUCCCAGCCUCAGCUUCCAACCCACCCAGCCUCAGCCUUCAACCCUCCCAGCCUCAGCCUCCAACCCACCCACCCACCCAGCCUCAGCCUCCAACCUCCCAGCCUCAGCUUCCAACCCACCCACCCACCCACCCAGCCUCAGCCUUCAACCCUCCCAGCCUCAGCCUCCAACCCUCCCAGUCUCAGCUUCCAACCCACCCAGCCUCAGGCUUCAACCCUCCCAGCCUCAGCCUCCAACCCACCCACCCUCAGCCUCCAACCCUCCCAGCCUCAGCUCCAGGGGAGACCAACACAGAUACAAUGGAAGGCCAGAAGGAAUUCAGACUGA